GGCCGUCCUUACUUAGUCUUCAGUGUAUGUGGGAGGAGGCACGGGGAGACCAAGAGAAAGAAGAGAGCAAGAAAGAGGAAUAGCAAAGAGGGAGUGAGAAGUAUGUUUGGUGUGUGAGGAGAUAAAUAUACUUUGAAGAGUCUGUGAGGUUUUUGCAGAGUGUCCUCUUUACUGCAAAACUUGGGGCUGAGUGACCAUGAAGCAGGGGUGGACUCUUCUUCCCUGGCUCCGUGCUCUCCUGCUGGGGCUGAUGGGGCUCCUGGUCUGCAGCUCGGACUUCCAGCAUCACCGCUAUGAGGACAUGAUUCGAGCCCUGUUUGCAGUGCAGAGUGAGUGUCCCUACAUCACUCGCAUUUACAGCAUCGGGCACAGCGCGGAGGGGCGCCACCUCUACGUGCUGGAGUUCAGUGACAACCCUGGCAUCCAUGAGGCAUUGGAGCCGGAGUUCAAGUACGUGGGGAACAUGCAUGGCAACGAAGUGCUGGGCCGUGAGCUGCUCAUUAAGCUUUCCCAGUUCCUGUGCGAGGAGUACCGGGCCGGAAACCAGCGGAUCAUGAGACUGAUCCAUGACACCCGCAUCCACAUCCUGCCCUCCAUGAACCCUGAUGGCUAUGAGGUGGCUGCUAGACAGAUGUUGGGAUGCAGUAGAGUCUGGACAGAAACAAGAAGGCAGCUCCAUUUACCAGCAUCCAAGAUGGCAAAGUGUGGAUUUAGGGGUCCAGAGUUCAACGGCUACCUGGUGGGCCGAGGAAAUUCGAGAGACAUUGAUCUGAACCGGAACUUUCCAGACCUGAAUGCCCUCAUGUACUACUACGAGAAGACCAACGGACGAAACCACCACCUGCCCCUGCCCGACAACUGGGAGCAACAGGUUGAACCUGAGACUUUGGCGGUCAUAAAAUGGAUGCAAAACUACAAUUUUAUCCUGUCGGCCAACCUCCACGGGGGAGCUGUAGUAGCUAACUACCCAUUUGACAAGUCGAGAGAUCCACGAAUUCGAGGAAGGACCACGUAUGCAGCCACCCCCGAUGACAAAGUCUUCAGAAAGUUGGCAAGGACGUACUCAUACGCUCACAGCUGGAUGCACAAGGGUUGGAACUGCGGGGACUUUUUUGAUGAGGGCAUCACCAAUGGGGCCAGCUGGUACUCUUUAUCGAAAGGCAUGCAGGACUUCAACUACCUGUACAGCAACUGUUUCGAGAUCACCUUGGAGCUUAGCUGUGAUAAGUUCCCUCCAGCGUCGGCACUGCCCAGAGAAUGGCUUGGAAACCGAGAAGCACUGGUUUCAUACCUUGAACAGGUGCAUCAUGGGAUAAAAGGCAUGGUAUAUGAUGAAAACAACAACCCUGUUGGCAACGCAGAGAUCUCAGUGGUUGGAUUCAACCAUGAUGUGACCAGCGGAGUGGAUGGCGACUAUUUCAGACUUCUGUUACCAGGCACCUACACUGUGACAGCAUCUGCUCCGGGCUAUGUCGCCUCCACCAGCACCGUUACAGUGGGACCAGCUGAGGCCAUACAGCUUCAUUUUUACUUGAAACCGGCACCAAAACAAAACCUGAAAGUGAAGCCUCACAACGGCAAGAAGAACCUCUCAUCUUCCAAGUCCCCUUAAAGCUCGGCCCUAGAUGAGACAUGGUCUAAAAUUUACAAAUUUUCAUUAAUACACAAAUACUGAGAAUCCAACAUGAAACGCACACAUGCACACGCACACACACACACACACACACACACACACACACACACACACACACACACACACAUACAUAUAUACACACGCACAUAUUGGAAAAGAUAAUUGACCGUUAAAUAAGUAUGUUAUUUUAUCGUUGUAGUCCUAUGAUUAUGUAUUUCAUCCAUUUUGUGUUUUUGUUCGUUUUGUUUGUUGAUUAAGAUAAUCGGUUUGUCUGAUGUAUUUAUGUAACAGAUUUGUUUUGUAUGAACACAGCUAUACUGUAUUUUCUAUUUCUGAUUUAUAAGAUUUGUUGACAAUUGGAAGUGAAAUAAAGGACACAUCAGUUGUCAAUAUUUCGUUUCUGCUUCA